AUGUCUGAAAAAGGCCCGGACUUUUACUCGCAUAAAUCACCUUCCUCGUCCCAGUUUCUUGAAAAUUCGAAGGUGGUGGAUGAAUUGAAAGAGCUAUGGUCGAUGGCCUUCUCUAUAACAGCAAUGAAUAUCCUCGUCUACAUUAGAGCAGUUGUUUCGGUUGUUUUCUUAGGCAGGCUCGGAAGCCUAGAGCUAGCAGGUGGGGCCCUCUCGAUCGGGUUCACAAACAUCACCGGCUACUCUGUUCUAGUAGGUCUCGCAUCGGGGCUCGAGCCAGUCUGCAGCCAAGCCCAUGGUAGCAAGAACUUUGACCUACUCUCCCUCUCUCUCCGCCGCAUGAUCUUUAUUCUCUCGCUAGCAACGGUACCCAUCGCUCUUCUCUGGAUCAAUCUGGAACCGAUCAUGCUCUUCUUGGGCCAGGAUAGAGAGAUCACAUCAACGGCUGCGAUUUAUUGUCUAUAUUCGCUCCCCGAUCUCUUGAUCAACACUUUGUUGCAGCCGUUGAGGGUUUAUUUGAGGUCACAAGGUGUGACCAAGCCUCAAAUGUGGUGCACUUUUGUGGCCGUGGUUUUCCACGUGCCGUUGAAUUACGUUCUGGUGGGGGCGGGGGUGAAGGGGGUGGCGUUGGCUUCCGUGCUGACGAAUUUGCAUAUGCUGGUGCUUUUGAUGGGGUAUGUGUGUGUUUAUGGGAGGUGGGGUUGGGGAUGGAAGUGGGGUGGUGGCGUUGUGUGUGGUGGGGGCUUUUGGCCCCUGGUUGAGAUGGCGGUGGCUAGCUGCGCGGGAAUAUGCUUGGAGUGGUGGUGGUACGAGAUUGUGACGGUGAUGGCCGGUUAUCUGCCUAAUCCAAAGCUCGCUUUGGCCGCCACCGGAAUUGUGAUUCAGACGACUGGGCUUAUGUACACCGUCCCGAUGGCGUUAGCCGGCUGUGUUUCCGCAAGGGUGGGAAAUGAGCUAGGUGGUGGGAAGCCAUACAAGGCAAAGUUAGCUGCAAUAGUGGCUUUGAUAUGUGCAUUUGGAGUUGGAUUCAUUAACAUAAUUUGGACAGUGAUAUUUAGGGAGAAAUGGGGUGAGUUAUUCACAAAAGACGAAAUGCUUAAAUCUCUCGUUUCUUCGGUUUUACCGAUAAUCGGGCUGUGCGAGCUCGGAAACUGCCCGCAGACAACGGGCUGCGGUAUUUUACGGGCCACGGCCCGACCCGUUUGGGCGGCCCGUAUUAAUCUCGGGUCGUUUUACUUUGUGGGCACGCCCGUGGCAUUAGGCUUGGCUUUCUGGCUCGGGUUUGGGUUUAGUGGGCUGUGGCUCGGCUUGCUUUCGGCUCAAGCUGCGUGUGCUGGCUCGAUAUUAUACGCUGUGUUGUGUUGUACGGAUUGGGAAGGUGAAGCUGUGAAAGCCACUAAAUUUACAGGCUUGGAAAUGGGGAUCAAGUGUAAUAGUGAUGGUGAAGAUACAAAUGGGCUAUUGGCUCAAUCAAAAGAUUCAUUAAAAAUAAUAAAUAAAUAAAAUAUAGGGGUAAAUACACUUUGCACCCCUGAAGUAUGGCCAAUGUAACACUUAGCCCCUAGU